GAGCGCUUGAGCUCGAACAGAACAGAACACAUGUUCAUCGCUGUUGCUUCUCGCCUCAUAGAUAUCCAAGCUGUCCUGUAUAUCCCUGCAAGACUAUUCACUGGACCCUGAUUUGUAUUCUGGACGUUGGUCAGUCAUGAAUACUUCACUACCCGGAGAUGGAACUGCAAUUCCGCCUCAUCGGACGUCGAUGGACAGCCACUCGUUACGAUCCGGUAGCAGCAGAGUGAGGGACAGAGAACGAGAGAAGUCCCGCGUACCAAAGGCAUCCAAAGAAUCCCUCGUCCUUCUGGCCCUCGAAAGGGAAGAGAACAUAAAACUGAGGGCGGCAUUGGAAGAGAACAGGAAAUCGCAUCAAGAGCUUUUAAGUCGCGCUCAACAAGCUGAGACUGACUUGGUCGCGGCGACUUCACGUAUCGUUCGAAUCCAUAACAGUCGAACGAAGCUAAACGAAGAUGUCGAUCGAGCAAAUGCGUUAAUACAACAGUAUCGCGUACAGCUUGAAGCAGCCCAAGAAGAAAUUCGGAAAGCAGAACGAGCAGUCCAAAAGCUGGACGAGUUGAGAAGCAAAGAGAAGAAAAGGGCGGAGAAGUAUAAGGAUGCCUAUCGAAAAACGAAUGAGCAGGUAGCCCUUCAGAGAGCUCGCGAGGAAGGACGCAGAGAAGGUUUCCGCGAGGGCCUGCGUCAAGGUCACGCACAGGUGGAGGCUAGAUACCAGAAUUCAGAAUUCAGGCCGUCUGCUAUCGAAGAUGAUGAUCGGCAAAGCUACAAUGGAAGUUCGAGCCAUAACAGCAGCAAUUUUUCCGACUCACAGAACGUUUCAUUACUUCCAUCAGCUCAGGCUGUUCCUGCUCCCGCUAGAACUCCAACCCCGCCACCGCCUGUCGUUGAUGCAGCGCAAUAUCGCAUUCCCAGUCCUCCGCCUGUCGAUUAUCCGUCUCGACCAUCUUCGGUUUCUUCUCCCCCUCUUCCGAUACCUACGCCAAUGCGAAACUUGGACAGUAACGAGCCGAUACGGCCUGUCAUUAUUCACCAAUAUCCCAAUUUCCAAUCUCCCCCCCAGGAACCCAUACCACCAGAGGGGUUCAUCCCCCGCGCCGACCCAGACACACAACGUAUACCCCUUCCUCACCAACAUGAACUAUCUCGACAACAUUACAUGACUCAGAUUCCCGAGCCGGUCUCGUUCCCUGAACCUGAGCCAGUUCAAUCAUUCCCUGAGCCCGACCUCAGGAUCAUCCCCCCGCCAGGAUCAUAUCCGACUACUACUGUUAAUAUGAUGACCGAACAGCAGUAUAGAGCCGCACAAUCCUCUCCAGAAUCGGCAUCCACAGUCCUUUCUCUUGCUCAAAUGGAGAUUGUGAAUAGUAACCCCAACCUGAGACAAACCCAAAGUCCUAUGAGUACCAUUAUGGAAGCUCCCAGUGGACAGGCAACCCCAAAUACCAUUGAGGAUCAUACCCUUCCAAGAAAAUCAUCUAUGCGAAGUGUUAGUUCAAGCCAUCGGACUUAUACACCAUCUAAUCAUGUUCCCACUAACUGGAGCCGAACGAGUACUGACGAGGAAGAGGAACCAGUUCGCACCAUGACCCCAUCGACUGGCAGUCACCGUAGUAUGGGUCGCAAGUCUUCUGUGAAGAGUCUCAGCUCCAGCAAACGAGGCCAUUCGGGCGGCGAUACGAACACUUCACGCACCGAGCCCCGCGCACCUUAUGCACAUUACACUUAUCCCAACCCGGCGUCGACCCCAUGGGCAGAUCCGCGCAGGGAUACAACUACCCCUCCUGUUGCUCCCAGGGUUCCGUACACUCGUCCAACUCCCCCACCACAACCUCCACCACAGAUUUACGGGAUAUAUGCUCCCCCGCGUGCAAUGAGCGAUAUUCGCGAAGAAGAGGAACGUUUGACUCCCAAGAUGCAUGCCAAUAGGCCACUUUUGCCAGAGCAGACUAGAUCUCGUUCACUGCGACGGAAUGCUCAAGACUUGCAUGUGGAUUUACCACCACCGCCGAAUACGGCUUCUACUUUGGCAGACGAUAUACCUACACCCUCGUCAUUAUCCAUAGGUAUUGAUGUGGUCUCACCCACCCCGCCCGAAUCCGUUCAUGAAGAACCUGAGCCUAACCGGACAAUUCGUGAAUUCCUCAGUCCUCAAGAUGUCCAGUCACGCCCGUUACCUCCUGAAACACAGACACAGCGUUCACCAGCACAGUCCGUCCCUCCACCGCCGCCGAGCAUGGCCACCGGCUCUCCCCAACUACAGGCUCUCCCAGAUGGCGGAUUUUUCGUGCCCAUGUCGUUCACUCCAAAGCCCACUAGUGGCGGCGCGCCUCUUCCUUCGUCUCCAGGACCCGGAAUCUUUGUCCCUCAAAAGUUUACCCCUACUGUAUCUCCCAGCGAUCUGGUGUCAUCUCCUCGGCCAACAUCGCCUAGGCCCUCUUCUCCAAGUGGCAGUAACAUGCCGGGCGGAUAUGCGGAUCUCAAUACUCCCACCGUGGAAGAGCCGCCUGUUAUUCCAACACCAACGUUACUUCGAGCUGCGCAGAAUAUCUCGGACUCUGACGACGACGAGUCUGGCUUGAACAGCGAAGCAAACACGCUGACAACACCUCCGUCUAAAACUAGAGGUUUACCGCCUCAACGAGGCGGUGUCAGCAUGAGGGGAGCAUCGACCGCUCGAGCACGGGGAAAGAAGAAGAAACGAUAGUGGCGGGCAGUUGUAGUAUUAUUUACGGUUUGUCUCUCAGCAGGCUGACCCCUCAAAUCUCAAGAUAUGUUCUCAAAUGUCCAUGAUUUUGUAGCUGAGCGCGAUCGAUAGAACGAAGGCAGCAGUGAGUCGAGCCUCGAGACAAUCACACCAGAUGGUUGGUUAAACAGGGUAUCCCUCACGUAAACUAUUAUUGAAUGUCGAGCCUAUAAGAAUUAGAAUUAUUGGACGUGC